CUUGUCACCAUAGCAACGGUAUAAACCGGGAAGUGAGUGCAAAGAGAGGUUGUCCUUCAUUCAGUGUGCGCGUGUUUCUGUGUAUUCCUGUGCUAACUAUGGCCGCGAACGGUGAGCAAGUGGUGGAAUCCGGUGCUGAACAAGCUAAGAACACAACAGAACCCAUAAUGGUCACACAAAACAAAGAUGCAGAAAUUCUACCUGUGAGAGACCUUCCAUGUGCAAAUCCUGGUAACCCAAUCUUCUCAUGUAUGGAGAGGAUCAGAACUCCAAAGGAACUAGGAGAAUGGUACAGAGAAACCCCUGUGAAGCCCCAGAACCCCAUGUACAGAACAACCAAUGACACGUACGGUGGCAGGGUGCCCACAGUGGAGGACAUGCCACAGACUUUCCAUGCAAAGUCACAGAAAUUCUCUGAGCAUCUAGGGGUCUGUGGGAUGUACCGCAACCAUUCUCUCAACACUGCCUUGGACCAGAGUAAAGUCUGACACUGACGAUCAUCACCUGUAAAUAGCAUGGAAAGUUACUGUUGCUAUCUUCCAUCACCAGAUAUUGCACUCUUUGUGAAUAGCCAGAUGGUCGAAGAAUCAUUAUGUUGAGACGUGUUACGGCCUGAUUGUAAAACUGCAACAUAGUUGAAUCAAGGAGGUUGUUUUUUUAACCUCCUUGGUUUAAUAAAGCUUAUUCAAGACAUAUGAAUGUAUCAUUUUAAAGGGCUGUUUACCUCUAUUGUUAAUUUGAAGUAGGACUGCUUUGGUCAGAUGAUGUCAAAUAUUGUGCUUUCCUGGCCAAACACAAAUUAAAAGUUUAUGAUAUUGAUUUUAUGAGGUCUACUUAGUAAACGGUAUUUAUUUGGUACAUAAAGAUGCAGACUUAUGGAAAAUACAUCAAGUACAUGUAGUGUUCUAUAUCAUGUUGAUACAUUUGAAUGGUUUGGUUUGGUGUAGGUACAUGUACUGCAAAUGACCUGCUACACCUGUAGCUACAGAAAUACCAGCCUGGACCAAUACAUGAAGAUUAAGAACAUUGAGUUCCAAGGUGUUCUGUAAUAGAACAAUUGUCCUACUCAUUAUGUAUCUUUAAUGAUAAUCUUCAUUUUUGCAGCACUGUAUUAAAUGCAUCAUGAAAUUAUAAGUGUACCACACUGGGAA